GCACAACGAACAGUGAAUGCCAGAGAGCCCACGGUCUUUUAGUACUCCCAACAAACUUUGAAUUUAUGAGUAUCUAAUCCACACAGCCUACCGGACAGACUGCGUCAACUUCGACAGGCCAAAUGGAUGCAGGAAGGAAAUUGUAGCAUCCCACCCUGGUACUGCUGCCGCCGCUGCUCUCCGGGGACAUCCUCAGCUACCGCCGUCAGCAGAAGAAAGGUGUUCAUCGAUCGAGAAGCAGACGAUAUGGGUGCCCACGGCUCGAACCUGGACGCCAUCUUGGAGGAGGACAUGCACCACUGGUACAACAAGUUCAUGCGAGAGUCGCCGUCGGGUCUCAUCACCCUGUUUGAGCUGAAGAGCAUGCUGCAGAUGAAAGGCAUGACCGAGGAAGCCAGCAGCUAUGUGGACCAGAUCUUUUUAACCUUUGACAUGGAUGGGGACGGAUACAUAGACUUUGUUGAAUACAUUGCAGCAGUAAGUUUACUGCUCAAAGGGGAAAUCAACCAGAAACUCAAGUGGUACUUCAAGCUCUUCGAUCAAGAUGGGAAUGGAAAAAUCGACAAGGACGAAAUGGAGACUAUAUUUAAGGCAAUUCAAGACAUCACUAGGAGUUACGAGAUCCCACCUGAGGACAUUGUGACUCUUGUUUAUGAGAAGAUUGACGUAAAUGGAGAAGGGGAGUUGACCUUGGAGGAGUUUAUCAGCGGAGCCCGGCUGCAUAGCGACAUCAUGGAUAUGCUCUCCAAGAUGAUGGACCUCACCCAUGUCCUGGAGAUAAUCGUCAUGGGGCAGAAAGCUGUCAACUGACAAACAUUUGUAAUUCCCAUUACGGGGGAUUAACAAUGGAAGAGAGAAGGGUUUGGGAGAGCUGGAAAAGGCUGAAUUUCAAAGGCAAACUGCAUUGUGUUCAGAGAGCUUUAAGUGCCAAGUUUUGUUUUUGUUUAUCUCUGGAGAUGGAUUUUGGAUGAGUUGACUUUGAUCAGUAGUCUGAAAGAUAGGUCUCUGUUUGUCUCGAAAGUUUGUAAUGUCCUCUUUAACAGAUUCACGUGUGUGUGUAAUGCAAAGCAUCCGGGACACCUUCAGUUCUGUUUCAGGUUGCAUUGAUACCGUUUUAAACGGUAGUUCUUUCAAAGGUACGAAUAGAUCCAGUAACCCAUGUCUAGUAUGAUGACGCACAAGAUGUUUAGUAGUUUUGACGAGGUGUUAUUUCAAAUAGACGAACAUGUUGCCUUAUUCAUCAAUACAAUCUGUUUUUGAUUUCAUAUUCACUUCAGUCUUGUGAUCUUUCCUCAAAAGUUAGAUGGGAGCUAUUGACCAACGUAUUCCCUACCACUUAUAAAUUAUAAUGGUAGGGAAAUACAUUUUUGCCAUCGCAGAAUGUUAUUUGGCUUUCUGUGACCCACAACAAAUGUACUUUCCUGAAGUAUGAGGCAGCUGUGAGGCCUACAUUGAUGGUAGGCCGUCCUGUGUGAAAUGGAAUAUAGCAUAUGAUUUAUUGAGGUAGGAGAUUUUGGGAAAAACAAGUGUGCUUAGUGUUCAAGACGUUACAUUAGAUGAAUCUACCUAUCCUAGUAACCCUAAGCCUCUUAUCAACAGCUUGCUAAAUGGUUUAACAUAAUGUCUAACAAGUCGAGGAAAGGAUUUCAUUUAUAGUGAGCCUGCAAAGGUUAGUGUCCAUGCAAAGGUUAGUUUCCAUUAGUAGUUUGCAAUUGAUGGCAAUAUUGUUAAACAUACACGCAUGCAAGCGCACACACACAUCCAAAUAAAUCCUAUUUAUUCCCAGUUUUCUUUCUCACCCUGCAGUAUAACAGCGAGAUCACCCAGACCCAACAUGUGUUCUGUAUUUAGAUUUCGGAGGGCUGCUGAAGUUCAAUCUACCCAAGUUCAAACAAAUUAUCUGUGCCAUGUUUCAUGCAAACAUGUGAGCUGAGGACGUGCCAUUUUUAAAACAUCAUGUUCUGGGCAUGACCUUUGGUAAAGACCGAGCCAAGCCCCCCUCUAGACGAAUCCCCACAAAAGGAGGUAAUUUAUGGAAAUGAUCCAUCUGUGUAGUUAAUGAUUUAACAAGACAUACAGUGAGUUGCUGGACUUUCAGACACUAUUUCAAGCCCGGAGAAAGUUCAAAUGAAGUAAAUCAAAUAUAGAUAAGAACUUGACCGCACGUA